CAUCGCGCAUCGACAGACGUACCGUUGCAGAAGUGGAAGUAGAAGAGGAAGAAGAAGAAAAGGAAGAAAAAUACAAAAAAAAAAAAAAAAAAAAAAAAAAAAAAAAAAGUAAAACGACGAAGGGAAAGGAAGAAGAUCGUAAUGACAAUGAGUUUCAUACAGGUGGCCGAGGAAGAAAACGAUGAACCGAUAGAAUUGCCGUGCGAAGACGACGGGACUUUACUGCUAACGACAUUAUCUGCACAAUAUCCAGGCACUUGCGGACUGAAAUACAGAAAUCCCGAAACUGGUACCAUGAGGGGCGUUCGAUUGUUGGACGGGCGUUUCCAUCCACCCGAAUCCGGUUGGGGCAAUCUGGUGUACAUCGGAGUCUUUCCUAAAGAAAACAAACGCAAAUCGGACGAACAGUUGGAAAACAGUACGGCGAAAACAAAACGCAUGGAGAGCCGUCAGAAGUGUUCCGACCUGAUAGUGCUGGGAUUGCCGUGGAAGACUACGGAACAGGAAUUACGUCAGUAUUUUGAAACGUAUGGAGAAGUAUUAAUGGCACAGGUCAAAAAAGAUCCGAACACCGGGCAGUCGAAAGGAUUCGGGUUUAUCAGAUUUGCAAAUUACGAAGCGCAAGUAAGAGUUUUAGCAAAAAGACACCUGAUCGACGGAAGGUGGUGCGACGUAAAAAUUCCUAAUUCAAAGCAGGAUGGACAGGCUUCCGAACUGAGCAGGAAAGUGUUUGUUGGGCGUUGUACGGAAGACAUCACAUCCGAUGACCUACGUGAGUAUUUUACAAAAUAUGGAGAAGUGACCGAUGUUUUCAUACCAAAACCAUUUCGAGCUUUUGCAUUUGUCACAUUUUUGGAUCCCGAGGUCGCUCAGAAUUUGUGUGGCGAAGAUCACAUCAUCAAAGGUACAAGUAUCCAUGUGAGUAAUGCCGUUCCAAAGAGCGAGUCUAUUGGCCACCACGGUAAUCGUGGCCACGGAAGAAUAGACGGUCGGGGCUGUCCUCCGGCCGUCGGCGGUCCCGGGAUCGGCGGUUUCGGAGGAGGACCCGGCACGGGGGGACCUUUUGGAAGCGGCCAAAUCACACACCACAAUGCCAUGGGCAUGGGUCUCGGGAACAGCGGCGUCUGGAAUCAGAGCGGAGUGGGUCACGGAGGAGGUGGCCACCGCAAUGCAGACAUUCCUAAUCUGGCAACACUAAGCAACAGUCUCGGUUUGGGUCCCGCUGUCGGAUUGGGAAACCAGAACGCUCAAGGAGCGGGUCAGGGAGUCAACACAACACCGCCCACUUUGGGUAUGGGCGCGCUUAAUUUGGGUGCCGCCUUACCUUUGAGUUCUGUCGUAGCAGCUGCUUUAGGUCAAGCUGGACUUGGAUUGUUUGGUGGAACAUUCCAAUCUCAGGGAGGUGGAAAUCAGGCCGAAGGCCAAGGCUUAGGAAAUCCUGCCAAUAAUCCAAAUCCAAAUACCUCAGUAGCUACUUCUGCUCCAAAUUUGGGAGGAGGCGGGGGAAAUGCACCGGGAGCUGGUUUUUUAGGCUGGAUGAAUCAAAAUCAAGGAGGAGGAGAGGGAAGUAACGCAAAUCCGGGUGUGGGAGGUCCCUGGCCCCAAAGAGAUGGAAAACAAGGAUUCGGGAUGUCGGUGUCACCCUAGAUUUCAAAAAAAAACAAAACGUAAAAGAAAAUAUUUUUGUUAGGCUUUUAAUUAAUUCAGACAAAGUAAAGUUAUUCAAAUAAAACUGAAAAUAUCAAAAUAGUAACAUCUUUUCCUCUUAAACAUAUUACCAUAAAUAUGCAAGAGAUUUUAUUAACAUUUUUUGACUUUUACCGAAAAGUAAAUCUUAAAUCUUUCAGAAACUAUGGUAUAAAAAUAUAAUCUAAUAGAAUUUGUUCUAUAGCAAAACAAUUACUCUAAAAUUAUUUAAAAAAAGGGUUGGCAGAACAAUUAAUUUUAAGAUCAGAAUGACGGUAAAAUUGUAUAAUGUAUCAUCAGUCAUUCAUGUAUUAUAAUUUUGUUCCUGCUGAAUUUUGUAUUUUAUUUUCAUUUUCUUCUUAGUUUUGGGGGAAAUUAAAAAAAAAAAAAAAAAAUUACUAGUACAAAAAAUCCUUGUAAAUUUAUAAUGUCUGUCUUACUGAUCUAUUGUUGUGAAAAAUGAAUGUAUGAGUUUUUUAGUAUAGCAUGUCUCUGUUAAAGAUGUUCUUAAUCACUCAUUGUAUAUUUACAUCUGUUAAAGAAAAGAAACACUAAGUAGAAAAGUUUGAAAUUUUUUUUAAAAAUUUUAAUUAUUGUAUAAUAAUUCUACCUCAAUGAAAAUAACUAUUUGUGUAUUUAUGACAAAAUUUAACCUUACUUUCGUUAAAGUAAAACCAAGAUCGUUGCAUUCUUUUAAAUCAGAUUGCCGACGAUUGUAUUCGAAUUAAAAUUUAGUAGCAAAAUAGUUAAAAAUCGUAUUUUGCCGAGGAAAGUUUAGUCGACUUCUAUAUGUUCCAAACUAAACAAAGUUAUAAAAACUGCCAAACUUUUUAAAUUCAAAAAUAACUAUUACACUUUGAUUUUAAAUUGUACAAUAAACUACUGUACUUUUAUGUAAGAAUUAAUUGUUUUUGGAACACUGGUUAAAUUCUAGAAGUUGUAUUUUUACACGAAGGUGUUCAAACUUUGAUUCAAAACAGAUGUUGUCGAGUUACGUCACAUAAACCCUUUUCAGUAUUAAGUAUAAUUUAAUUUCCUACCGCGAUUUUUUGAAUGAAGCGUCUUCGCGGCACCAUAGAUUUUGCAGGUUGGUUACGCGUCGAAAAAUAAAAGCGUCGGAUCCAUUUGAACGUUUUCUCGUUACUCUUGGUUGAUACUUUACGUGGUCGGGUUAAAUUUUGAUAUUAAAUUGUUGUUUUCAUUGAUGUUUACAUGGAAUCUGAAGAUAAAAAUAUAUGACAAAUGUUCUGAUUAUUAUGUCAAAAAAAAAGAGAAAAGGUUGUAUUUGAGACUUUUAAAUGUAUGACUGUACUUUAGUGUCGAAAGAUAAUUCUGUAUGUAAAAAACAAAGAAACUUAUUUUACGUCGUUCAGCAAGGCUGAAAAAUCUUCUGCGACCAACCAUUGUCUGGCAUUGGAAGCAGUGUGCAGUGAUUAGAAUGUUUGAUAUAGUGUGGUGACUGGGGCAGGUGUGAUUUCUUUGGAUGGAUGUAUCAUAAAUUAUUAAAAAAAGGAAGUGCCUUCCUAAUAAAGAGAGGAAAAUAAAAAGAAUAAUAAUAAUAAUAAAGUUAAAUUUUACUAUUUUCAUUGACUGUAAAAAUUUCAGUUCAGAGUACGAAUAUAGUACGAUGACUGCAACUGCUCUUGUAGAAAUGAUAAAUGUUAAUAUGUUGUGUAGUUAUAACGAAAGAAAAAUGUCUCAUGAUGUCUAUCACUUUGAAAUCUGGUGCUCUGUGUAAAUGCUAAGUUUCAGGAAGUGAUGCGAAAUAUAUAAAUCUAUAUAUAUAUAUAUAUAUCUGAAUUUUGAUUAGAAUAAUUUUCUGUGAGAUAUUUGUAUAAAGUUAUAGAUUUACUGUCAUUUAAGAAUCUGACAAAUACUUUUCUUUCGUACCGUACGAUGCGAGGAACGGAUUACGUUACGCUGCUAUAUUUUCUGUUUGUAAAUCAAAGUAUGCUUAUUGUAUUUGAGUACAUAUUACGAUGUUAUUCCCUGUGUGUGUGAUAAUUAUGUAAUAAUAAAACAGUUUGAUAGUUUUUAUUUACACAAAGAAGAAUGGUGUGUCUGACGUGAAUUGUAUGUUCAUUGAGGACUGUGUGUACGAUAGUUGGUUGUUUCAAUAAAAUCACUUUAUGGAA